ACGUUGCGAUCUCUUAGUGGUUUCCAUGACUCCAGUUUAAGGGGAUCUUCCUUGGCACUGGAGAAGGUGAAGGUGCUGCGAGUCACACAGCUCCCUCAUUCAUUCCCAGUGGGACUAUGGUGAGCCCGCUUUGUGACUUCCUGAUGUUCACAACUCGACUUCUGGUGAGAUCCUUCCUCUGGGCUCUAACGUACAGUUUCUGCGGGCUCUGUGCCUGCCUGGUCUCACUGAAAGUUUUGUGGCACAUAAUCAGGAAGCCAGCAGAGACCUUCCAGUGGGCAGUUCGUGAGACGCUGCCUGCCUGCUUAAACGACACGUCCCUGGGCACACACUGCUAUGUGCGGAUUAAGGAGUCAGGAUUACGGUUUCACUAUGUUGCUGCUGGGGAAAGGGGAAAACCCCUUAUGCUAUUGCUGCAUGGAUUCCCGGAGUUCUGGUACUCUUGGCGUUAUCAGCUUCAAGAAUUUAAGAGUGAAUUCCGAGUGGUUGCAGUUGAUUUACGAGGAUACGGAGAGUCAGAUGCACCCAUUGGUCGAGAAAACUACCAGCUGGAUUGUUUGAUUACAGACGUGAAGGACAUUGUGGAAUCCCUCGGAUACAAGAGGUGUGUUCUGAUUGGCCAUGAUUGGGGUGGAUUAAUUGCUUGGUGUUCUGCUAUCUAUUAUCCUGAGAUGAUAAGUAAGAUUGUAAUUUUGAACUGCCCACAUCCUACAGUUUUUUGUGAUUACAUUAUACGACAUCCCUCCCAACUGAUAAAGUCAAGUUACUUUUUCUUUUUCCAAGUGCCAUGGCUUCCUGAAUUUGUUCUUACAAUAAGUGAUUUCAAGGUGUUAAAGUACUUGUUCACAAGUCAGAGCACAGGCAUUAGGACGAAAGGCUGUAAGAUGACUGCGGAUGAGAUCGAAGCCUAUCUGUACAUCUUUUCUCAGCCUGGAGCCUUCUCUGGACCACUCAGCUACUUCAGAAACAUAUUCAGUAGCCUUCCCUUGAAUCAGAAUGAAGUGAUGACGCCCACCUUACUGCUAUGGGGAGAAAAGGAAGAAUUUCUGGAAUUCAGAAUGGCUGAGGUCACAAAGACCUAUGUGAAGAGUAGCUUCAGACUGAAUAUUGUGCCAGAAGCUGGUCACUGGCUUCAACAGGACCAGCCCGAAGUGGUUAAUAAUUUAAUUUGGGAAUUUUUAAAGGAGGUUGACCAGUAAAAUGCGUUGUCACUGAUGAUAUGAUUUAAGAUAAGAUUUUGCAAUGGUUCCAGUGUGAAAAUUAAAUGUUCUUCUGUGUUGCUUAACUCUAACCAUCCCCUUUACAUGUCCUGUCUGAAAUCUUUCAGUGGUGCUGAAUGAAAGUCUGCUUCUAAGGUUUGUAACUUAUUGAUGCACUAUUUAUUAAGCUAUGUGUGAUUCUGCUCAGUAACCAUUUAAAGCUGUGGUGUCCCUUUGUAAAAUGUGCAUUCAAGUUUAUAUGUAUGUUUUUAAUAUAUAUAUAUAAGAUAUAGAUAGAUAGAUAGAGAUGCCUAUGUGUAUGUAUGUGUGUAUAUAUAUUUAUAUAUAUAUAUAUAUAAAAAUACAUAAAUAUAAAACCAUGAUUUCUAAGUUACCAAUGACCACAUUUCUGUAUACUUGGAUUGACCAAAGGUUUGAAACAUCUGUUGAAGAAAGUAAUUGACAAGGCAACAUAAAACUUCUUCAAGUUUUUCUGUUUUCAGUGUGGAGCUGGUAGGUGCAAAGAAUGCAGGUAGGAGAUAUAAGGGAUGUGACAGCUUUAAAUCAAAAGAGAUCUGACAUUGUGAGAGAGAUAAUGGGAACUGCAGAUGCUGGAGAAUUCCAAUAAAAUAAAAUGUGAGGCUGGAUGAACACAGCAGGCCAAGCAGCAUCUCA